AUGGGCGAUAAUCGUGUCCCGUGCGUAGUUGUUUUAGAUGGAGGCGAUGGGGAAUCGGGCGAGGUGCUGGGUUUGGCUUUCGUGACUCGAGCGUCCUCGCCACCACCGGUGGACAGAUCUCGAGAUGGAGGAGCAACCGCAGAGACCUCGACGACGACGACGACGACGACCCCGGGUUGGUUCAGAGUCGAGGAGAGUUUCAGGCCAAGGUCCGAUCACGAGGAUGGCUUGCUGGGCUUCCGAAUCGGAAAUUCUCCCAGCAAGCUGAAAGCCGCAGUCAGGCGGUGCUUGAGAUUCCGCCGACGAGCGAGCGGGAGUUUGCAGUUGAAGGACAUUGUGCCUCUGCUCUUCCUGGACGACAGCCCCGUGCUGCAAGAGCAGGCGGCGAGGGCUCUGGUGCAGCUCUCGAGCGAGGAGGAGCAGCAGUGUAAAGUGUUGGAACACAAUCGAGCGCUCGAGGGCCUCGUCAAGCUCUUAUUCAAAAGCGACAGCCCCAACCUGCAAAUUCACGCAGCGCUCUCGCUGGGCAACUUGGCCCUCGCCCAAGACGACGAGGAACAGCAGCUAUGGUUUCUGCGCUACCCACAAGCCUUGGCGGGAUUGGUGAACCUGCUGUUCGAAGAUGGACGGGCCGGUGCCCAUGAAAGAUCGCGCGAGAUCACAGUGCAGGUCCACCAAGAGGCAGCGAUGGCAUUGGGCAACAUCGCGUCCACGACCGAAGGCGGGGCGAUGAUCAUGGCGAACGCGUACGCCCUCGAAGGGCUGAUCAGACUGCUGUUCAUGCACCAGAGGAGGGGAUCCCAAGAGGCCGCCACGAGAGUGCUCGUCCACCUCGCCAUGGUCGAGGACAAUGUGCAAAGGCUUCUGGAGUUUCCCAUCAGCAUCGUGGGCGCUCUCUCGGGGCUCCUCCUCGACCACAGCAGGCCUGCUUUACAGGACAAUGUCUGCAAGGCGCUCUCGUGCCUCUCGUCCACUCCAGAGCACGGGCAGAUGGUUGUGCGCUGCGUGCACUUUCCUCGGACCUUAGAGCGCCUAAUCCGCCUGCUGGUGCAAUUCAAUGCAUCGGCAAUUUUGCCGCUGUCGAAUCUCGCAAUCAACGAGGAGAUCCAAGCGUCCAUCGCCCACCAUCCCAAUGUGCUCGAAGCAGCUCUGACGUUCCGGUUCAAUCGGACGGACAAUGUCGCCAUGUUCCUGGGCAAUCUGUCGCUGGCCAAGGCCAACAGGUCGAAGCUCGUCGAGUGCCCCGGAUUUCUGCCGGCCAUGGUCGACAUGCUCUUCAACGAUUCGGAUCCCGAUGGGCAGGAGCAGGCUGCGUGGACGCUGAGCAACCUGUCGCGGGCGCAGCCGGAGAAUCUGCCAGUGAUCAUGAAUAUUGCAGAUUGGCCUGGCAUCGUGGGAGGUCUGAUUCACGUCCUGACGAGGGACGAGAGCCCCGGUGCGCAGGAACAGGUUUCGAGGGUGCUGGCCAAUCUCUCCUACGCGCCCGAGAACGACGCCAUUAUAGCGAGAUUUCCCGAUGCGUGGACCUGCCUCGUUCCAUUGCUGUCCAAAACCGAGAACACCUGCAUGCUCAAGGAGGUGACGAGGGCGCUGUCGAAUCUCACGAGCAUCGACGGAUUGUCGCAGCUGAAUGUCACGUCCAAGUGCGUCUCGAGCCUCGCCAACGUGAUCCUCGAGUACAGCAGCCCCGGGUACAGAUGCAGCGGCAUGGAGAGCGUGAUUUUGGAGCAGACGGCGCUGGCCCUGGGCAAUCUAACCCUAGACAAAAGCAACAAGUGGAAGGUCGGUGCGAACGAGGAUGCUGUGGCAGCUCUGCUGGGCCUGCUGCUGAGGUUCGAGUAUCCCAGCGUGCAGGAGAAGGCAGCCUGGGCGCUCGUGAACCUCUACCAAGACGAAGACAUCGCCACGGUGCCCACCAAGCUGCCGCAAGUCAUUCCGAUCCUCAGAAUACUUCUCUCCAUGGAAGAGACUCUGACAUUCCGUCCAUAG